AAUGGAUUUUGUUGAUCCUAAUAAAAAGGCUAUAGAGAGAUUAUAUAGAGAGAAUUGUACAAUUAUAAAAGGUGGUUUGACUAAAGAUCUAAAUAAAUUAGGUAGAGAUUUGAAAGAUAUUAUUAUUGUUGAUGUAAGUAUAUAUUAAUUAUAAUUAAGAAUUCAAUCUUAUCAUUUACACUUAAUCCAGAAAAUGGUUUUAAAGUUAAGGAUUUCUUUUAUGAUAUAUAAGAUAAAGAACUUGAAUAAAUACUUCCAUUUUUGAUUUGGAUCUCAUAAGUAAUUUUUAUAAAAAUUAAAUAAGCUUCCUGAUGUGAGACCAGUGGCUUUAUAAUAUCAGUAAUUUAUUAAUUCAUCUCCUGAAUAAUUAAAUCAAAGAAGAAAUGGUAGUAUUGUACCACUUGAAUAACAUAAAUUUUAAAGUGUCUCAAGAUCUUACACUAUUUAAAGAGAAAUAAUUAAGUAAGCCUCCAUAAUAAAAACUUUAACAUUAUCUAAAAAUGAUGAUGAUGAAUUUGAUGAAAUUGUCAUUAAAAAAUAAAUAAAAUCAGUAGUACUUUCAAAAUAAGAUCAAACUAAUGAUAGUGAAAAGGAGACAUUUGAAAUUGGAAAUUGA